AUGCAGUUGACCAACGUUUUCGUCUCCUUCCUCCUCGCCGCUGCGGUCUCGGCCAAGGGCAAGAAUGGCACUACCAGCGUCAAGUCUCAGUGCAAGGAGUAUGCCAAGCUUAGCAAUCAGGUUGAGCUUGCUACCAACGAGACCAAGCUUGCUGACAAGUUUGACAACAACCAGACUGCCAUCGAUGCCUUCAAGGCAAAGGCAGCCGACAAGCAGACCCAGCUGGAUACACUCUCGUCCAACAGCACACUCAUGAGCGAUUGUGCCGUCAUCCAAGCCCAUGCAGAGGCCGUUGAUUCUUGCGACCAGAUUCAGAGCUGGGAGAAGGAUAUUGCCACCGCCGCAAAUGACACCAAGCUUGCUGCCAAAUUCGAUAAUAACGCCACUAAGAUCGAUGCUUUCAAGGCCAAGGCUAGUGCCAAGGCUACCAAGCUGGCCGACAUGACCUCCAAUACGACCUUGACCGAUUUCUGCUCUGUCCAGGCCACCGUCGAUGAUUGCAAGACAAUGUCUAAGCUUCAGAAGGAGAUCGCCACGGUUAGCAACACCACUGCUCUGCAGGCCAAGUUCGAUGGCAACCAAACCAAGAUCGACAAGUUCACUGCCGCCGCUGCAAAGGCUCAGACCAAGCUUGAUGCUCUCAUGGCAAACUCCACUCUCAUGAGCACUUGCUCUUCUCUGACUCAAGCUUCAACUGAUGGCAAAACCACCACUGGUAACGCUGCAUCUUCGACUACUACUGCCGCCUCGUUUGCCGGUAGAAUCGAGGCUGCUGGUGGCAUGAUCUCCGCCGCUGUUCUUGCCAUGACUGCGGCCUUGUUCAUGCUAUAA